CGAGAAUUAUGUCAGACACGCUUUUGUUUACCAUAUGGGGAUUAGACCUUAACUACUAUUGAUUAGGCAAUUCACAAUUCACAAUUCAGGAUGUCUCAAGAGUUAGCAGAUGCUUGUGAUAAGCUAAUUUCCACAACUUCUAUACUAUCACAUACAUUUGGUGUACCGAAAGUUACCAGAUCUAAUUCAAAGACAAAUAUUAUCAUUAAUAGGUUAGAACAACAAUAUGUUAAUGUAUAUCAAGAACUAACCAAUAAAUUAAGAGAAUUAAUAUAUCUUAAUGAACUAAAUACUGUUGGGAAACUAAAGGAAAAGGAAAUUAAUGAUAAAUAUGAAGAAAUUAAACGGGUAUACCCUAUGAUAGAGUCUGAUAAUUUAGAAUCAUUUUUACAACUUCAUAAUACUAAAGUUCAGAAUGAAUCAUUAUUAAAUCAUUAUAUCCAAUUAACUGGACCUAUACUUCGAUCAAUUCAUCAAGAUAAUAAAGCGUUAACUAGUACAGAAUUGAAUAUACUACAUAAUUUAGAAAAAAUGUACUCUUUAGAUAAUGGACUUGUAUUUAAAUUAAUGAAUAAGAUUGAAGAAGGGAAACAAUCAGAACAGGAAUAUUAUACAUUAGUAGCUAAUAUAGAGAAAUUAUUAAGAGAAGAUUUAAAACCUAAAUUGAAUUCAUUAGGAGAAUCUAAUAAUAAAUUAUUACAAUUGAAUAAACAACUAGUUGAGAGUAAAGAAGUUCAAAUUGAUAAACUUGAUCCUGAAUUGGAUACAUCUAUUGGAAAUGAAAUCAAAUCUAUAUACAAAGAUCUUGUGGCUCAAUGGAAUUUAUUAUCGAAAUAUAGUAACUUUUUACCUAUGUUAAUAACUAGUUUACCUAUAAAUUGGUUUGAAGAUAAAACUUUAUAUAAUAUACUUCGAAAUUGUGAAGAUUAUGCGGAGAAAUUAGAGAAAUAUCAAUUACUUGUUAAUAUUGAAACUAUUAAUGAUUUCAGACUAAAAGAUCUUUUAAUGCUUGAUUUUGAAGAAUUCAAAUUAAUUAAUGACGAUUUAUGAAUCUAUUAUAAUGUCUAUAUACAAGAUUUAAU